UCAUACAUGCAAACACAGAACACAAGUUUGCAUCUGGACUCACUGUGAAAGUAUCCCACAUUUAUAAAGUAUGAUAAAAUUGUGCGUUGAGUAGAAACGCAGUUUCUGUUGUAAGGUCAGCUGGGCUUGUGCUGCUAGCAUGUUAGCAUGUUGUUGUUAUUGUAUGGUAUGGGGUUGAUAAACAGCGCUGUUAACAAUAACACUACCAUUGUGUGCAACAUCACCGUUGUUAUGAUGCUUGCGAACCAUCAGAUGAAUGUUUUUGUAUUAGUUAAUCAAGCUAAACAGUGAAAUCCGCCGUGAUUCUCAUCACUGCACAAUAAAUGUGUGUCAUGGGGAAAAUGCUCCCUCAAGAACAAUGCACUUUUAUUGCCAUGUUAUAGUGAGCUUCGCAUAUACAACAUACUGUCUGGGGAAAUGGAAACACUGACCAAUUUGAUUGUUAUUGCUUGGCAUUGUAUAUCUUCGAGAAGGCAACUUAAUCUUGUCCCAUUGUUGGGGACAAAAAUACCCUGCACUAAGGCAUGAAGUGAAUUAUUAAAAAAAAGUAUGGUGUAAAAAGUGUUGAAUAAAUGUAUGCUGAAUGUAGAUAGUGGUAGAUACUGUGUGCUUUAAGUGUAAAUUUCAACAAAUAGCAAGUGCAAGCAGUAUUUUGUACAGUCACACAAAGUGUAGUCCAUGCUAUUUGUACACUGUACAUAUUCUGAAAUUCUGUUCACAAUCACAGUUAUACAGAGUUCUCCUCUGCACCACAGCUGGAUACAUGAUUGUUGAUGCCACAAACAAUUUUAUGCAUUUACUGAAAAUCUUCUAAAAUGCCCCUUUUUUAAAAUCAGUUACAAGCCAAGGGACAAUCAAGAAGAAAACCUAUGAAUAUGCUGAUGACUGGAGUGAAUGAUCCUAAAUAAAUAAGAAACAUGAUCCGGAUAGCUGCUCUGAAUGCAGCAUCUCAUGCUGCAGAUGAACAUGAAGACGCCUUCAGAAGCACGAAACAAAGUCAAACGAAGGAAGCCCAGGAGGCAGAAGCGUUUGCUCUGUAUCAUAAAGCCCUUGAUCUGCAGAAACAUGACAAGUUUGACGAGUCUGCCAAAGCCUACCAUGAGCUCCUCAGGACGCCGCUGCUCAAGGAGGCCGUGUCAUCUGAAGAUGAGAAAGUUGGACUCAAGCAUCCUGGGCUGAUGUUGAAGUACUCCACCUAUAAAAACCUGGCCAGUCUCGCUGUGCUCAGAGAUGAUUUAGACACUGCCAUGGACUUCUACGUGCAGGCUGUGAUGCUGGACUCCACAGAUGUGAAUAUGUGGUUUAAGAUGGGAAAGUUGGCUUUGAGGAAGGCCAGCAUGCCUUUGGCCCGUCAUGCGUUUGAGGUGGGCUUACGCUGUAACCCGGACCACUGGCCCUGCCUGGACAGUCUCAUCACUGUCCUCUACGUUCUGAGUGACUACAGCUGUUGUCUGUACUACAUCUGUAAGGCUCUGGAGAAGGACACGGGUUACAGUAAGGGACGAGUGCUCAAAGAGAAGAUCUUUGAAGAGCAGCCCUGCCUCAGACGAGACUCUAUGAAGAUGUUCUCCAAACUGGAUGUAUCAGUGCAGUAUGUGGAUGUAGAUGAGGAGGAAGCCCACAGCAUUGUGGAGGAAGCGCUGGAACUGAGGAGACAGAGACAGGCUAAACUCACACGGCAUCCAGUCGCUGACCUUCAGCUGGUUCAGCCCAUCAAAUACUUCACGUGGAAGAGUGUUGGGGAGAGUUUCUUGGCGAUGUACAAACACCAGAAUGCUUGUCUGGUCCCACGGCCUGACUUUGGGCGCCGCGUCGACCUGUCUAUGUACCGCGACCCAGACUGCCUCGUGCAAACGCCCUCCAGUACUCCAGCACCCGCCACUGUUGCUUCAGACCCCCCUCAGACCCCCAUACCCGUCAGCAUACCUCAGGCUCCCCCUGCCCCUCCACCCGGUCCCAGUAGCCCGAGUGCCAUUCUGCCCCCAUCCAGCGAGCUCCUUGUCCAGCCGCUGACUCAGCCCAGUGCUUCUGCAGGAGUACCGCAGAGUCAGAACGUCAUUGAGAUCACCACUACAACCACGGUCACCACUACUGCUGCCAGUGGAGCUGAGGAAACUGCUGUUACCACCCUUAAUACUGCUGCUCUGGACGCUGCCUUGAAUGACAAAGUGAAAAAAGGCACCAAGAGAAAACGUGUGGUAGAGGACACCGUAGAGACGGCGAAGAGGCGCUCGGCACGUGUCCGCAACACCAGAUGCAAGAAAGAAGAGAAGAUUGACUUCCAAGAGCUCCUGCUCAAGUUCCUCCCCUCUAGACUGAAAAAGUUUGAAGGUGAUGAAGAUGAGGAGAGCCUGAGUAACAUGGACUCACAGUGUGACGGCAAACCUGAUUCCCAGUUGAACCGUGGAUCCAACUCCUCUGAGUACAUUGUAUCUAUGGAGUCAGAGCGGAAGGAAGUUCAUGCGUUCCUGUUGGCGAACAUGCAGAACGGCGGGAUCCUGGAGCUGAUGAUGCGGUAUCUGAAGGCGGUGGGGCAGAAGUUUCUGGAGGAUUGGCCAGCGGGCCUCAGCGUAGUAGUGCUGGAUCUCUUCAACUUCUGGAGGAAACACAGCGCUGGCCUGCCCAACCCACUGCUCAGAGAUUCCAGCAACCAGCACAUAAAGGAAAUGCUGCUUAUGUGUCUCUGCUGUCUGGAGCUGCAGUUGGAGCAGAAGUCCAUGAUGAAGGGCAAGAACAUGUCUCAGAGGAAGACCAUGUCUGGAUCAGGAAGGGAUUGUGGGGACGCUGAUGGUCUAGAGACCCGCUUUCAGACAGAUAUGUUCCUCCUGACCAUGGCCUCCUCUCAGAGAGAUCUGUUUGAAGACGACUGGCUCUCUUUUGCCGUCAGAGUUCACUGGCUCAAAGCACGAUACCUCACCUUUCAGGGUGACAUGGAGGAGGCGCUGGAGUGUUACGACAUGUGUGUCGGUCUGCUGAAAGGUCAGACAAGUGAGAUGGAAAAAAUCACCAUCCUCCUGCCCAACCUCAGCGUGGACAAUGCCAUCUCUAUAGAGGAGAUUGAGAAGAAGUUGAAGUCUCUAGAGCGAUGUCAGUCUCUAGAGGAGAUCCAGAGACUGUUUGACACGGGAGACUACCAGUCUGUGAUCCGUCUGCUGCAGCCCACACUGAGCUUCGGCCCCGGCUCGUCACGAAUGAAGCCUCUAGAUUACAUCAGCUCUGCUCCUGAGAGACCAGCACAGCUCUUACUGCUGCAGAGCUCCCUGCUGCGGCUGAGAGACUACAGCUCCUGCCUCGAGACAUCUGAAGUGUCUCUCAAUGAGGCCAUACAGCACUUGAACUCUGCAUUACCCAGCAGCCCCUCUGCCAAGGAGGAGUGGGUGUCCACCAUCACGGCCCUGCUGAGGGGCAUCGAAAGCUGCAUCACAGACAAGCCUGAGCUGCUCAUUCACACCCCACGAUCCACAAUCCUCCCGCGUCUCGCCAACAACCUCAUAAAGUUGAUAGCCAACAGCAUGGUCUUACCUGAUGACCCCAAAGAGGCUCAUUUCUCAUCACUGCUGCCAUGGAUUCUGCUGUACCACCUCAUCAAACAGGAAGAGGCAGCCUUUGACUGCAUGCUGAGGCAGCACAUCACAGAUGAGGAUGAUGAUGAGGAUGACACUCCAUUGCUGCCCUCCUCCCUCAUGCUUCUGAACACGGCGCAUGAAUACCUGGGCCGUCGCUCCUGGUGCUGCAACUCUGAUGGCGCUUUACUCAAAUUUUUUGUGCGUGUUUUGCGGGAGAGGCUCUCGGGAAAUGAGAAUCUGCCAUAUAAAGAGGAUCUGGAGACGGCACUAGAGCAGUGUUUCUUCUGCCUGUACGCUUACCCGAGCAAGAAGAGCAAAGCCCGAUACCUCGAGGAGCAUUCUGCCCCACAGGUGGAGCUUCAUUGGGAUGAUGCCGUCUUUAUGUUUGAGUACUUUAAACCCAAGACCUUGCCAGAGUUUGACAGCUAUAAGACCAGCACUGUCUCUGCUGACCUUGCCAACCUGCUUAAAAGGCUUUCUGGAAUAAUCCCACGCAACGACGGCCCCACAAUCUCUGUAGAUGAUGUGUCUGCUUAUAUCGAAGGAGGUGCUCUCAAGGUGCCAGCGCUUCCAGAAGGAGCAUCCCCGGCACCCCCUGUGGUUAACGAGCUGUACUACCUGCUAGCGGACUACCACUUCAAAAACAAAGAGCAGUCGAAAGCCAUCAAGUUCUACGUGCAUGACAUCUGCGUGUGUCCAAACAGGUUUGACUCGUGGGCAGGUAUGGCACUGGCACGCGCCAGUCGCAUCCAGGACAAGCUGAACUCCAAUGAGCUUAGGAGUGACGGACCCAUCUGGAAACACUCUCAGGCUGUGCUGACCUGUUUCAAACGGGCCCUGGAGAUAGACAGCUCCAACCUCUCCCUAUGGAUCGAGUAUGGGAACAUGUCCUAUGCCUUGCACUCUUUCGCUUCCAGACAGCUCAAACAGUGGAAACACGAACUUCCUCCUGACUUGAUCAAACAGAUGGAAGAGCGCAGGGACUCGAUGUUGGAGACGGCGUCGCAGUGCUUUCAGAGCGCCUCUCGCUGUGGUGGUGAUGAGGAGGAGUGGCUCAUUCACUACAUGCUGGGAAAGAUUGCAGAGAAGUGUAAACUGCCGCCCAAAGACUACCUGCAUCUGUACAAAAAGUCUGCACACUACCUGCACGAGGAAGCAGCCAGAUACCCACGCAAAAUCCACUACCACAACCCCCCUGACCUCGCAAUGGAGGCCUUAGAGCUGUUUUUCCGCCUGAGCGCCACCAUUCUGAAGUUGCUGGAGAAUGAGGAAGAUGAUGGUGAACAAUCUGAGCAGCAGAUGAAACUACAAGAAUAUGAGCUGUUCUUCAACAUGCUCGCUGAAGCUGCUGUCGGACCCUUUGCACGCGGAGAGGAGAAGACCGCACCCAAAACCAGCAUCGACAAGGAAAAGCUUCCAUCCAUUAACGAUGAGGACUCGCGCUCCUCAGUUGGUGUGAGUACCUGUCCGGGAGCGUUGGCCACCUCAUCUGUCACUUCUGUGGUGGCUCCAACAACUUCUUUGCCUGGUGACGGUGCGGCAGGUGCGAGUUCUCCCCCGUACACGGUCACUCCGGUCGACCAUGAUUACAUCAAACGUAAAAGCCUGCAGCAGAGGCACAGGCAGGGGCAGGAGCUCCAACAGCAGCAGGACGCUGACUUCUCACAUGACCAUGACUACUGCCUGUGUCUCUCUGCUUUGCGACCAGGAUUUGUAUAUGAGCAAAGUCAGGACAGCGUUGCUGGCUUGUCAGACUCCAGCUCCUUGCAGGAUGUCUUCAUGGAUGCCACCAGCUCACAGGACAGCAGCCACAAGGUCGAUCCUGGGAAGUGUAGUAUUUUUCCGGAAGAAUCAAAUGCCACUGGAAAAGAGAAACCGGCCACAAUAGAGGACGCAGGCCCCUUGGAGGACAAGAACAUGGAUAUCAGCUCGGCCACACUCUCUCAAGAAUCUUCAGUCACACAAGAGUCUUCGGACACCACCUUAUCCAACACGUCCCCUGAGGCCUCCGUCCCCAAAACUCCUACCUCAGACACCCCGACCCAAGCGCCACCUCAUCCGCUGCACACCGCCCAACCACACAGACCUCACCCCCAGACCAGCUCCUCCAGUGAGGGCAAGCGCAGGCCAGAGCCGCCGCCGCCGCCUCCGCUGGAGGUGAUAGAGCUGCCUAAGUGUCUGCCACCGGGACAGAGAGAGCAGAGGAAAACACUAGUGCAUGUGUGUGUGAGGUCUCUCUUCCUGUGUCUGAGUCGCUUCCCGCAACACUACAAGAGUCUCUAUCGUCUGGCACACCUAUACACCUACAGCAGGACACACAAGAACCUGCAAUGGGCACGAGACGUGUUGCUAGGGAGCAGUGUCCCAUGGCAACAGCUGAAGCACAUGCCGGCACAAGGACUUUUCUGCGAGAGGAAUAAGACCAAUCUGUUCAACGGCAUCUGGCGUAUUCCAGUAGAUGAGAUCGAUCGUCCUGGUAGUUUUGCAUCUCAUAUGAACAGAUCCAUCGUGCUCUUGCUGGAUGUUCUGUCUCAACUGAAAGAUCACCACACUUUACUUAAAAUCUCCCUGAUGCUUCAGAGAACCCCUGAUCAGGGAAAGAAGUACUUAAGAGAUGUGGAUCGACAAGUAUUGGCCAAGCGAGCAUUUUUCUUCACUGUAAAAGUGCUGGAAGACAAUCUGGAUAAACUCACAGGGGUAAGUGACCCCCCUAAACCACCCUCUACCACCUCUAUGGGUGAAAUGACCACUGCGGAUGUGUCCAACCGGCCCUCUGCUGUGGAGGACCCCAAAUGCUCCCACACCACCCAGCCCAAAGCUGGACUCCCCAACACCCCUAAGGCCACAGGAAGUGAUACCGGACUUCCUUGUAUGCCUCAGCAGUGUUUAGCCACUCUUCAGCUCUCCCUGGAGCCUUUAAAUCCGGCGGCAGAGGCCGCCGUUCACCCCAGAGAAGGUACUGCAGCACUUGUAGAGCCUAUGGAGCUUGGCCCCGGAUCAUGGCCGGGUGCCACAAAAUUCAGAGACCCUCAAACGCCUGCUGAAACCAGACCACAGGAGCAGGGGGUGGUUAAAUCAGCAACAGAGGAGGCCAAUAAGGUCCCAGAGAGCAGUCGGGCGUCUGAGCUAUCGCUGGAGGAGUUGAGCAUUAGCUCAAAACAGCAGCAGCUACAGAAUCAGGUGAACGCAGCUAAAGGAGCACUUUCUAUGGUCACAACACCAACAGCCAGCAACCCCACACCUCUACCCAGCUCUACUCCUGAGGUGGGACUACAGCAGAAACCCAGCAGGAAGAGGAAGCUGCUGGAUGACGUGGAGUCGGGCAAGACGCUGCUUUUGGAUGCGUACAGGGUGUGGCAGCAAGGUCAGAAGGGCAUGACCUACGACUUGAAGCGCAUCGAGAAGAUCAUGUCCGAGACCUACAUGCUGAUUAAACAGGUGGAUGAGGAUGUAGCAUUAGAUCAAGCUGUUAAGUUCUGCCAGAUUCAGAUGGCAACGUCGGCACAAAGACAGAGCUCCAGUGAUGCACCCAGCACUCCCAAGUUUAGUAAAGACCAGCGAGACUUCUUCUUCCCAGCAUCGUUCUCCACCCCGUGCCUCCACACUCAAACAUAUCCAGCACCAGCGCAGGACGGGGAGGCCAAGCUGAACAAGACCCCUCGACCGCUUCUCGUACAGCCGCAGACACACAGCACUCCAACACAGAUCUACUGCCCGCCCUCCAGCCAACCCGACCAAUCACAACAGAGAAAGACGCCUUGCCAGCCAAUAGCAAGCAUGGCCUUCUUGCCUCACACAGAGGACCGAGAGGAGCCGGUUACUGAGGGUCUGCUGUACCGCCAGCAGGAGUCCCAUCUGUGCCAGCAGAUGAAGAUGGCCACCGUCUCUCAGAUUCCCAGCACACAGGAGUGGGCCGCUCACGAGCCCCCGUCCUGCUCAACACACACCAGCACAGAAAGUGACGAGUCAAAGCAGGCAGAUGCGAGUCGCAUCCGGUCCAGAAUUCCUCCCAACAUGCCCAAACUGGUGAUCCCCUCCACAGUCACUAAAUUCCCCCCAGAGAUAACAGUCACGCCCCCCACGCCCACCCUGCUCUCCCCGAAGGGUAGCAUCUCUGAGGAGACCAAACAAAAACUCAAGAAUGUGAUCCUGUCCUCUCAGUCGGCAGCUAACGUGAAGAAAGACACUCUCGCUCAGCCUGCUUUAGAGGUGCAAGAGACAUCGAGUCAGGAAUCCUCUCUGGAAAGCGAGUCGGAUGAAGAAGAUGACUACAUGGACAUUUGAACGGUCAAGCUUUGCUCUCAAGCGGAGCUCGGAAGUGAAAUCUCCUUAUUUAAUUGUUUAGCUGUAGCUAAUCGUUGCUGGUUUUUCAAUAGCGUGUUUUCUCCACUGAAUGCACGUUUUUCAUCAAAAGGGCUUUUUCCUACCCUGGCACUUGUGUCCUGUUGGUUUGCUCCUCUGCUGCUAAGUUUUUUUGUUGUGCACGAUCCUGCAAAGUGCCAUUUGUACUCAAACCGACGCUCACACAGUGGAAUCAUGUACAAAAGUCAGUACAAAAUCAUUUCCUAAAGGAUGGAUUAUGUAAUAUUGACAGUUUGUGUAAUGCAGUUUACGCACUCAGAGUUUCCUGGGCAUUAAAUCCAUCACGGUGUUGUUUACAGAUUUUAGAGGAAGUAAACUGUGCUUGACGUUUGGUAAAAAAAAAAAAAAAACAUGAUUCAUAUCACUACCAAGUUUCAAUGGGAUUGUUACCAAUGUGGAGACAUCAGCAUGCAAACAUGAUGUUUUUUUUUUUUUUUUUUUUUUUACAGCCGUGUGUACAGGACAUGUAUCUCUGUUUUCCUGCUUAUGUGUUUGUGCGUGUGCUUCGACUUCUUUUCAAACAGCGUGCAUGGAGCAUCACGUUUGAUCGGUUGUCCAUGCUUCAGCUACUGGCUUUUUAAAGGGGAGUUCUACAAAUGUAUGAUUCUUCACAGCACCACAAGAUUUCAGUUACUGUGUUGGUGAUCUAUUGGUUGUAAAAACAAAUGCAUCACAUUUUGGAGUAUUUAAGCCACCACAAGUUCCAUUUGAGUUGUGUUACUGUUACUGUCUCGCAUUUUUGACAUGAUUUCGUGUUUUCAUUUGUAGUUUUAUUACAUUUCCAUUUGAGGAUCAUAAACAACAGUAAAGUAUGCCAGUUUUAUCACCAGCACUUAGAAGAUGUGACUAUUAUUCAUAUCACAAUUGAAAUAAGAAUGUGAUCGAACUAGCUACAGAAGAAUUGAUUUAAUGUUUUGUUUUCAAGAUUAUGCCAAGAAGUAUAAAUUACAAAUUUUAGAAAUAAGAUGCAAAGGCCUAAAAAUGGUGCUGAUCCCUUAUUUUUGGCUUUUUAAAAUAAUCUUUAAAUGGGAAGUUCACCCAAAAACGGCAGUUUGUUUAUCAUUUACUAUGCUCAUAUUGUUGCAAACACAUAUUUUUGUUUUCUUCUGUGGAACACAAAAGGAGAAAUUUAAUGGAACGUUCACGCUCUUUUCCAUACAAUUAAAGUGGACGGAGACCAGAGGGUGUCAUGGUCCAAAAAUGACAAAAAGCACAAAAAAAUAGUCCAUAUAACUUGUGCAUCAUAUUCCAAGGCAUUUUUUUGCAUGAGGAACAGACUGAAAUGUAAGCAAUUUAAUUUCUCCUCUGCUGCCGCUCUCAAAUCUCAUUGACGUUUGUGUUUAUUCCAAUAUGGUACAUCAAACAGAUUUUCAGUGAAUAAUGAAUUACAUUUUGGACUUUUCUUUAAUUAAGACUAUUAAAUGCCUUUGAAGUCUUGAAAUAUUGCACACAAACCAUAUGGAAUGUGUUUAUGGUGCUUUUUUUGGAGCCUUUGGUCACCAUUCACUUUCAUUGUAUGGAAAAGAGCAGCAUGAACAUCCUACCAAACAUCUCCUUUUGGAGUUUGUAUUGACAAGAUAGUAAGAAAAUGAAGACAGAAACUUACUUUUUGGGUAAAUUUUCCCUUUAACCAAAGAGAAGUGCCCAAAUGUUAGUUGUAUUGAGGUUAUGUUCUUGAUUUGUGGGAUUUUGUUUCAAUUUGGAGUAGCACUGCUUUCUCUUGGAGCAUUACAUUGGUGAUUUUCUCGUGACGUGUCUGUAUGUGGACGUCGCUCAUGGUGGUGCUGGUCGUGUUUCCCCACCAGAUCAUUUCCAGUUCUGUUCUAAAGAAAAAUUUAGACUGAGGAAUGUUUUUUACCGAACGUUUUCUACUUGUAGACGGAUAAAUAGCCACCAGUAUUUUUUUGAGUGCAGAAUUUUUCAAUAUAAGUAGAAAAGACUUUGAAGGGAUGAAAUGUAUCGAUGCACUGGGCAUGUGUGACCAAAACUACCUGUAAACAGAUAAAGAGAUGCUUCUAUUUUUUCCUCUUUGUAAAAUAAUAUUUUGUUUGUUGUUGUCUUUUGUAUGCUGUCACUAUGCUUGUGUUAAGAAUGUAAGUGGAUAUAUGCUCUGGUCUCUAGAGAUGGGAGGUUUUCUGUGCUCUUUGGAGAUUUAUGGGGUAUUGCUGUCCUCAGGCUUUUUUCUGAGAAGGUUGAUAUUUCUGACUUGCUGCAUUGAUGAUAUCACAAAACCAAAAAUAAACUUUCAACAUUUUUACCUGAUC